CGUAGCGUAUGAAUGAUUGUCAUGAUAAUUCCAAUAUUAUCAACUUUAUAAAAGGUAUAGCUCAUCAUUUAAUUACAAUUUUAAAAUUAUUUUUAGGUAUACCUGUAUCUGUGGCUUGGUGCAAGAAGGGCUACUGUAAAAAAUAAUAUAUAUAUAUAUUUUUUUUUUAAAUAAAAAUGAUUUCCAAAAAUCUAACAUAGACCAUAAUUAAUGUACCUAAUCUUUUUUUUUUCUGAACAUUGGAUCUUCCUGCGCCAAACCUCAAAUAUGAAUAUGAAUAUUGGGUAGGUACGUACAUAUCAUUACAUGGUAGAGAUGACGUACGUGAUCUACCAGUAAUGUAGAAAUCGGAAAAAAAAAACCGAUAAAUUAACAUGUACAAUAGGUAGGUACCUACAUUUAAGACUGUCAUAUUUAUAAGUAAUUGUAUAGUAAAGAUUUAAAAUUUUAAAGCAAAUGGAGCUUCACCUUUACUUGGAAGGCAAUUAAAAGAAAAGUGGUGCCGAUCAAUACAACCAUCCUCAGAUAGGUAUUAUAUUCGACAAAUUGUUAACCGACAUGAAUGUGACAUGUUUGACUACCUAGCGUCAUAUGAUGUUAUUGUUUAUUGUUAUUAGUGUUGUAUAAAUUAUACUAGCAUAAUUAUAAAAAUAAAAAAACAAAAUUAAUUUAUAGUAAAUAAUACAGUAAUUCAAUAUUAUUUUUGGGUAAAUCGCGUACGUACCUACUAAUAAAAAACGAGUUUGGUAGAUCGCGUACGACAUCACUAUCAUAAGUAAUUUGUUUUAUCCAAAUGAAAAAUACCCCAUAAUAUUUUUAUUAUAAUAAUCAUCAUUUUUUCGGAACUUGCGACGUACCUAUGCUAUCUACACCGAAAACGUAUCUACCCACCGCAAUUUACACCAUCCCGUUCGGGUUUUUAAUUUUUACUUUACGUCUGAAAACGACUUUUUUAACGCCAGGCACCCAUUGUUAUAGAAAAAAAACCUCCCGAACGGGAUGCAGUGGAUAUAAUGUUCUGUAUCAGCAGACUACCUAGAAUAUAUACAUAUAUUAUGUUUAUCGGUGUUUUAAAGGCCAAAUAUGUCUGGUUUAAAGGAUUAACCAGUUUAUCCUGAUAUCGGGUUUGGCCAAUAAAAUAGGACUUUACCGUAUACAUGACAAUACCUACGGCACAAGAAAGCACACUUGUCAAGUGUCAACGUCAGCAAACCUCCAACUUAGAUUUAUCGUCCGAGACGUAGAUAAUAUACGACGAGAGUUCCUUUUUUAUAUAGGUACCUUAAUAUGACAAUGCUAACAUAUUUAUUAGAUUAUUUAAAAUUAUGAUAACGUGUUUCUCUAUAUAUUUAUAUCUUGUUCGUAUGGUUAUUUUAUUAGGUUAAAAUACCAGCAAACUGUAAUAAUUGAUAAAAUAGUAAAAAAUUAUAUUUUACGCCGAAAUUUCCUAGACAUGGUUAAAUUAAGUCCAAAUUUUUAAAUCCACGUAGGUAUAAAACUGCAUGAAUUCCGCCAUUUCCGGAGUUUAAGCUCAUUUGUUUCAGCCGAAUAAGUAGCCGAAAAAUCGGGAAAAUAUAUUUAUCCUAUAAGUAAUAAGAAAAUUCAAUGGGUACUAAUAAAAUAUUAUCAGGUGAAGUGAUUUAAUUAUUUUAAAUGUUUUCGAUUUCUGUUUUCUACCCGAAAUCUUCAUUAAUCAAAGAAAAAAAGCCGAGAUUUUUUUUGUUGCAUUAUGGAUUUACUUGGUGAGUACAAAUAAGUCAUGUUAUUGAUUUUCCAACCAGUCUUUAUAAUAAUUUUGAAAAACUAGAAAAAGACGAUAAGGAACAGAUUAACAAAUUCAUUAUUUUAAACUUUCUUUAAUUUGGUAUUCUUCCAGAAAUAUUGCUUCAAAUUUCAAGAUUAGUACCUUUUCUGAAGAAAAUAAUAGUUUUUAUCAUUUUUAAAUUGUUUUCUUUUAUUGUAAUUCAGUUAAAAAUAUUUUUAAACUAGACAUUUGGACAGGAAAAUUGCAUUUGCUUUUUCUAAGAGUGGUUAAAUUUUCAAAACAUUUGAGCAAUCUUUAUUUUACGCUAUUUUUUAUUCGGUAGAUAUUAUGGAUAAAAUUGUUGCAACUAAACAGAAAUGCUUGAAAAUUUAACAGGAGGUUCAUUAUAAGUCACACUUUGUAGUAAAAUAAAAUUUUUUCUUAUUUUGAUGAAUACCGUAAAUAUUACGAUCUUCCAAACCAUGUAUAACUGAACUCUGAAAAUCGUUUGUUCGUUAUCAAUGGUUUAUUUUUGUAUACAGAAAUAAAUUAAAUUCCUCUCAAUAUCUCACCUUCCUAACUUCUCACCUACAGUGGCCCACUCGUCAUGCAAAGUAUGACAAUCUUUUUUGUUGUUAUUUGGUUAAAAAUAUUCAACUAUUUAAAUAGUUAAAUUUUCCAAACAUUGGACAAUUUUUGAACCACCUAUUUAUAGGCAUUUCACAGACUCAUUAUAAGUUUUACUUAUUGGACACAAAAAAAAAAAACAGUGAAGCAUAAUGUAAUUUCUUAUUUGAUAGUCAUUUAAGAUAAAAUUUACAUAAAAUAGGUAAAUAUUAUGGCAUUUUAAAACAUGAAUAACUAAAGUCAAAAAUCUUAUUUCUAAUAAUUAUUUUCUUACCUUCCCAAUUUUUUAUUAUUAUUUUGAAAACUAAGCACAACUCAUGAAUAAUUUAAGACCUAAAAAAAUGUACUACCAGACAUCCUGAGUUCUUACCAGACUUCUGACAUCAAUUAUUGGAUCUAUAUUUCUGGUAUAAAAAUUGCUCACAGACAGAAAAUAUACAUCAUAUUAAAAUCAAUAAACAAUGCUAAAAAUCUAACAAUUACAUAUUAUGUACAAUAGAAACAUUUUUAAAAUAAAUUAAUUCUUUAGAAUGUACCCUCUUUUAAUAAAUUACUAACAAAACAAAUACAACUUAAUUCUUUAUAAACCAUUAACCAAACAGAGAUCAGCUUAAUGUUAUUAUUAGUAUUUUUAACUUGACAAUUUUAACAUCAAAAUAACCGUUUUUGUACAAUAUAAGCAACAACACAUAAAAAAAAUGCAAAAGCAAACAUAAUAAUUAUUUUAUCAGUUGUUUCUCGUUGUCCAUAUUUAUUUAAUAGUUUUCCAGAUUGGGUUAAUGCACCUUUAGCAUUUUUUAUCUCAUUAUUUAUGUUAGACACUGUUGAGGACGAUUUUACUGUAAUAAUAAUAAAUUUAAAUAAUAACUAUUUUAAAAAUAAUAAAAUAUAUUAUUAUCUUACAAAGUGUUUCAAGAGUAUCCAAACUUUGUUGAGACGUGCUUGCUAAUUGUCUACUAACUGAUAAAAGUUGAUUAGUGACAGUUGACGAUUGUUUUAAUAAAUUUUCUUUAUCCAUUUUCAGCCUUAAAAAAAAUCAUAAAUAAUAUGCAUUUUAAUAUAAACUAGUGAAAUGAUAAUACAAAUUAUUACACAUACAUUACACACACUAAUCGACAAUUACCCAACAACAAAAAUUACAUUAGUCAGUAGUAUUUUCCAUAGCUGUAAUUUAUACACUUUUAUAUAACAUUUUAACAUACUAAUUAAACAACUUUAAAAAUACAUAUGACUACCAAGUUUUUAUUUUUGAAUGUUGCUAAAGUGAAGUUUAAAAAAGUUGCUGAACACUGGUUUCAAUGAUGUAUGAAAACCUUUCAUUCCAAAGUUGUUAUAUGAUUGUUCUCCAAAUUGUCUUAAUUAAAAAAUUUAAAUGUAGUAAGGUCACUUUGCUGACAUUUCAAUAAAAUCUAGUUUACAACAUCAACUAGGUUAAAAUCAGUCUAAAUCCCAUAAAUUAUUAAAAUUGAAUUAGUUAAAAAAAAUAAAAAAGGUCACAGUACCUAUGAACAGUGAAAAUGUAAUAAGUAAAUUAUUAUUCAUUGAGUCACAAACUAUGGAAAGCUGUAUAAUGAUAAAUCUUGAUAGUCUCUAACAAAUUCAUGUUAUCAAUCAUCCUUCCUCACAUAAACCUAAGCAUUAAAUCAUAAAUAAGUAAGCUUAGUCUUUAAAAUAUUCUUAAAAGUUAAAUUUUAUUUUAGAUUUGGAGUGGAAUGAAGGUUAUGGUUUUACAAAGAUGUUUCUUUUUUUUUUUUGUGAACAACUUUUCCACCAAAAAUUUUGUUCCGAUUUACAAGUGUAGUACAUUUUCUAAAAGUAAUUGUGACUGAGGAGGUACUUUAAAUGGAUUAUUUUUCGAUUUUCUUGGGAGUUUUCGGAAAUCGGAAAAACCAUAAAAAUAGGUACAAUAUUAAAAAAAUAUUAUUAAAGAAAAUAUAUAAUGCCUAUGUUAUUAUUUUACUAUAAUACAUAUUGUUGAUAAAGUAACACUAUCAACUGAACUUAACUCAAAAUCGUUUUUUCGUUGGCAAUGGUUUAUUGUUGCUAACAGGUAUACAUUAAAUUUCCCCUCUACUACUUUACCAACUUAUCACCUAUAACAGUGACCCACCCACAAGCGAAAUUGCCUGGCUUUUUUAAAUAUUUAUUUUAAAGAAGAGGAUGCAAAGAAAAUUGUUUUUAUAAUUCUAUUAUUACAGAUAUUAAUAACGAGACAAACAUGAUAAUCAUACUUGUUUGUAUAGGUACUAAUAAAUACUACUUACUUAUGCCGUACUUGUUCUUCAUUACUUAUACCUAACAAUUGUUCACUAGAUUUUUUAUGAAUUCUUGCCAUACAUUCCACAUUGGCUUUUCUGAAUGAAGCAAUAUUACUAGAUGGUAGUUACAACAAAUAUCAUUAUUUAAUCAAUAUAAACCAAUAUUUUGAAAAACAAGUAUAAUAUUAUCUCUAUUUACAAACACUUCAAUAAUUAAAAUAUAAUUCAUUUUUUUUUUCAAAUUGACAUUCAAAAUAAAAAAGUGUUGUAUUUAAGGUCUAUUGAAUAAACCAAAUUAAGUAUUAAUACUUUAAUUAAAUUCUGAUUUUAAUAUAUUUUAUUUAAAGGUUGUCUUCAUCAUCAGGCGAUCAAUUAGGUAAUGAGAAACCAGAUGCUUGUUCAUAUUUUAGAGUUUAGAAGACCAGGUACCACCCUGGUAUAACAGGGUUAAGUAUGCCGAGCUAAGAUUUCGGAAAUAAAAUAUAAAUAUAAUAACAUGAAACGUUUAACAAAUACUAUUAAGGACAUUCCUCCAUACCAUACUUAUAAUUACAAUGAAACUAACUUAACAGGUGACCCUGGUGUUAAACAGGUGCUUAUUAAAAGGAGCAUAUAAUUUAUAAUUCCAGUUAAAGUGGCACAUCUCUUAUAUGGUAAUGCUGAAGCUAAUUCAAACUUAUAUAGUUUACAAAACAUGUAGGACUGAAGGUGGGCCUCCAAAAAUCAGGUACAAUAAACAAAAAGUGGGUGCUUGGACUAUGUCACUUUUGAAAACUGUUUUAAAAAUAUAUAUUUGAAAGUAUAUAUAAUAAAUAUAUAAAUUAUAUAUUAAUGAAAAGGUUUUACAUUUAUGUAAAGAAAAUGAUAGUUUUUCUGCUUGCUACCAAAAACACACCUCACACAACACAAAUGCACUGGCAAGAUAUAUUAAUAAAUUAUUAAUAUGUUUAUGUAUAAGACGCACUUGGAAAAUAACUAAAACUGGUUCAAAUUUCUCAACUAUUCCUACAGAUUUUUUUCUAAGGUUAAUUAAAAAGUUUUUGUAGAAGUUAAAAGUGAGUGGAACAUUCAAAAUUUGAGUUUAAAAAAUGUGGGGUUUAACUUAUAGACAAUAUGAUGAUUUUAAACAGGUUAGCAACAAAUUAACAGUUUGAUAAAAAUUUAGUUGGUGGUGCUUUUCUGGAAAUCAUCCAAAAGGAAAGAGAUUUUAUUAAUGAAGCGGGUAAAAGGAAGAGAAAACUACAAGUGGUACCUGUCAAAAGUAUUUCAUUGUAAGGUCUUGGAAAUUGCACAACCCACUUGUGGACCAUACCGGGUAAAUCCAAUAAUCAGUAGCAAAUAGAAACUCCUUAGGUUUUUGGUUUCCGCCAGUGAUUCAGAUGAGAAAGCUGUAUCUCUUGUGUCAACUGAAAAAAGUUUAGAUAUAGAUGACCCAGAGAUUAUAUCUUAAGUUUUUUUUUUAUUAUUUGAUAGAAAAAACUAUUAAACCCGAAAAUUAUGAUAUAAUAAAAAGAAAACUUAUAAUAAUAAUAAUAAAAAUAAAAAUAAUAAUAGAAAGAACGAAUAAAUGACAAUUUAGUUUAAAAUACAAUAUAAUACUCAAAUAAGAAAACUAGCCUCCAGGACAAAGGAAGUGAUGAGUUCGACGACAGACAGGGAAUUGGAAUUUAGAAUAGCUGAAAGGUGAGGAGGAGGAGUUAAGAAAAUAAAAGGAUAAGUCGUUUAGCCAAUAUAGAGGGACAGUCAAAGUGUAUGUGAGAUAGACCACAGAUACUUUUCUCCAUAUGGAGUGUGCACAUAAAAUAAUUAAAAUUAAGUUAGUAAGCAUAAAAAGGAAGAAGAUGGUGACUAAUGUGUAAGCAGUUAAAAUGAACAAUAGAAGAUCUGGGUAGAUCAAGUUUAUGUUACCAAACACCGUUGAGAAUAUUGGUAACAAUAUUUGAAGUUAAAAAUGUAAAGUUUCACUUAUGGACCAAAUAUUCCACAAAGCAACAAAAUUUUGGCCCAAAAUGUUAACAAAAAAAGGGCAAUUUUCUUUUAAAAUUUCAGAUUCUAUAAAAUGUAUCUACAGAUCAUCACAUUUAUGAUGAACUAAAUUAUUUUUGAUUUUGUUCAUUUUAACCAGGUCGAACUUAGCACAAGUUUAGAACUCUUCAAAAUUGGGCCAUACAUAACUCAUUCUACGGUAGGUACUUUUUAAAACUAAUCAUUUAUUUUUUUAACAUAAGUAAUUAUAAUGAUAGAAUCAUACAUAACUGAGUGCUAGGUGCCCUAUAGUGUGACUGGGUGUCUGGUUCCUCAUUAUCUACAUAAGCACCCGGUGAAGGAGACAGAGCAUUAUUUAUACAUACCUAUUUAAAAUAGGAAAAACUAUAAACCAACUUAUAGGUUUAACUUAGAGAGAAAUAUUUAAAAUAGGUAGGAAAUAAUGUUAAUAUUAAAGUUUAAUUAUCACCUUGUUAAAUAUUCUCUCUGAUUACGGGCUUCUUCAAUAACUUCUGAUCUUUCUUGUUGACUUUCGAUUUCUCGUCCAUAUAAUUCUAAGUUUUCUAUUAAAUUUCGAAAUAUAUUAAUUUGUUUUCGACCAUCGGCAUUUAAUUGUGUCAAAGUUUCUAUAGGUCCUUCACAUGAAUAUAUAUCCUAUAUUAUGAAUAAAGUGAAUUCAUACAUAACUGCAUAAUUAUAUAAUAUUAUAAUAUUGUUUUACUUGUAUUAUAGAUUUCAAUGUUAUAUUUGUAUUAACAAUGCAUUCUCUGACAGUACUUAAUUCUCGAAUCAUUUUGAAAAAUUAAUAAGUAAUUUAAAUAGCCGUAACAUUGACAAAUCACAAAAUUUCAAAUAACAAUAUCAAAAAUAUUAUAAAUGUAUUACCACAGAAUGUUCUGAUAUUCCUAUCAACUGACAACUCGCUAUAGAUUUCAAAACUUUAUUAUUGUACGGUAUAGAUAAUAACUUUUAUCUAUGUUGUAUGAUAACACAUUUUAUCAUAAUAGCACAGAAUAAAACAUAUGGUUUAUAUUAUAUUUUGAUAGGAAUAUGGAAAUAAAAUAAAUAAAUAAUAAGUUAAUGAAUGACAAGGUUUUAACUUUUAUUUAUUAUUUAAGCAGAGCAAAACGAAUACUUACAAUUAUUUAUUUACCGACUAAAAAUAACUCAUGCACGGCUUUGUGCAUACACAAAACAUAAAAAUGAUAAUGAAAUUACUUUUGUUAAUUUCCCGAAAAUGAAUUUUUUUUUACGCAAAAUAAUAACCAAUGCACCAAUAAAAAAAAGCAACACAUUUUCUUAUUAACUCACUUACAUAAGAAAAAAAAAAUAUAUAAGUAUUAAUAUUAAAACUAUUAUUAUUGAUUUUAUUGUUGAUGUUCAAACUAAAAUUCAUGUGAGAAAUUAAUAGGGAAUAUUGUGAAAAUAUUUGUAAAACUAAUGGAACAAAAAAAAAAAAAAUAAUAAUAAUAAUAAUAUGAGGAAAAAGCUUAAAGCAACAUUAUUUUUGUAACUAACGAGGAACAUUAACACACAAAAAAAAUAGAUAUAUACCUAUAAUAUAAAAUAAAAAAUAUUAUAUGUAUACAUGUACAUUUUGUAAAACACAAAGACUAGUUAUCUAGUUGUAUUAACUUACAGCUAAAGUAAAAUGCUAAACAAAUUAACUUUUGUACAUUUAUCAUAAUGAUAUUUUCACAAAUUAAUAGUUCUAUUUUAAAAUAUAAUUAUUUUAUUAUACUUUAAGAAUAUUAAGAUAACAUAAAAGUAAUAGAAUUUCUUUUACUGUUGAGUGAACUGUAAGUGGUGUUCAGUUGAGGUAACUGAAAUAUUUUUCAGAGAUCAUUUUCAUAUUCUUCUUUACUAAUAUUAUUUAAAUUAUUUUCAACAUUUACUAUGCCAAUGGCUAAAUCAUCACAAUUUCGUUUGGUUACACUGUUUCCCGAGUUAUACAUUGAUACAUUAUUAUCAAUUUCAGAAAAAUUUCUUUUUUUUGUCAUUAAUUUGCGUAUUACUCUUUCAUCUUCAGCAGUUCUCUCCCGGCGAAAUGGGAAAACCAUUGGAUAAAUUUGCUCGAUUGCUUGAUAAACAUUUGCUACACUUGGUGCAGUUACUGUUAUACUACCUGUAGAAAAUAUUUUCAAUGUAGCUUUUAAUUCUUUGAUCUUAAAAGUAACACCAGGAUGUAACUCGGGUUCAUACUGAGCAAUUGUUUUAUAUUUUUCCGAAAACUGUAUGACUUUGAUCGGAAAUGGCAGUGAACAUGAUCCAAGAACAUUGACAAUCCUAUAACUGCUAAAUUUAGCAUUGUGAUAACCAAGUUUUUGAAUGAUUCUAGCUAUACGCCUGGAAGCAAUUUUAGCGCGACUUUCAGAUGUAGAACCUGUGCAAGCAAUUUUUCCACUUGACCAAAUAGUAGCAGUAGCAUUUGGGUUCCGUAAUUUCAUUGUGAGCAUUCCAUUUUCACGUCUGUAUUCUAUAUUGUUACCGUUCAGAGCUAAAAACCGUAGGUUUAAGUGCGAUUUUACGCUGAAGUUUGUUACUACAUUACUAAUAGAAAUAUUUAGAUUACGGUUAUCAGUCAAACAGUUUUGAACUGGAGUAGUUGAAAGAGCAUUGUCAUUAGACUGCCCAUGAAACUCAGACUUGUAGAAGAUCAUAUUGGAAUUAGAAUUCAAUGUUGAUGAAGAAAUUGAGUUAUUUAAGUCUGUUCCGUUUUUUUGAUGAAAUAUAGAGGUCAUCCUUGGAAUCUCCUGGGUAAUUAAAUAAUUAAGUAUUAAUUGAUUAUAAUUUUUCUCACAUCAAUUGGUAGUAGAACAACACUCACGACCAAGUGUUAAGUGUAAUAUUCUUUAGACGAUCGGCAUCAACUAUUGGCAUUAAAGAUGGUAAGUUUUUAAAUAGAUGAUUUAAUUGAAUAUUUUUGGUAUUAGUUUCACUUCCUGUAGUUUUAAUAUACAAAUUUUGUUGAUAUUUAACUAACCAAGAAUCAAUUGAUGGAAUUGCAUUAAUUUUUUCCACUUGUUUACAAUUAUUUUUUUCGUUUUCUGAAACAUUAAAAUGUUUAAUAGCUAUUAGAUCAAAGCAAUUAUUAUUUGUUUAGUAUAAACUUAUAUGAAAAAAAUACAUUAAAUGACAGUAAAUUUUAAUACAGUAUAGAAAACAAAAAAUAAGCCACCAAAUCAAUCCCUGAUGGGUGAACAAUGAGGGAGACCCCCCCAAGAGAAGUGAACUUACAUUAGCAUUUGACAUAGUCAUUGGUUCAGAUGUAAUAGAUAUAUAAUCAAUAUAUUAUUUGACAUAUUAAGGAAAUAUUGUAUAGAUGGUACUUAAGGAGAUUAUUUUUUGAUUUUCCAAGAGGUUUUUUUUAAUAUAUGGGAAAAUCAGGAAGAAAUCGUAAGAAAAACGAAAAAUUUUACAAAAAUAAUGCUUUUAUUAAUUAUUUUUAAUUGUGUUAUUUGUAUGGUAAUUCAGUAAAAAUAUUUGUAUAUACUUGAAAUUUGGGUAGAAAACUUAUAUUUGAUUUUUUACGUGGCAAAACUGUAAAAACAUUUGAGUUAUAUUUAAGUUAUUUUUAUUUGGUAGAUUUUCUGUGGAUAAAAUUGUCAGACAAAACAGACAAAUUGAAAAUUAAACAGAAGGUUUACUAUAAAUCUUACUUUGUGUUCAAAGCAAAUAAAUUUAAUUUAGUGUAGUAUAUUUUUUUCAUAAGAAUUUUAAUAUCAAAUUUUGACAAAUAUUGUUUUAGUAAAAUAUUAUGUGGAACAAAUUUAGUUACUGGUCUACAUAAAUAGUUUUAAUCUAAUAUUUAUUAUAAUAUAAUAUGAUAUAUAUAUUGUUGAAAAAGCAAUACUAUUAACCGAGCGCCUCUCAAAAUCGGUUUGUUAACAAUGAUUAAUUUUUGCUUACAGAUAUACAUUAAAUUUCCCUCUAUAUACUACUUUCUUAACUUCUUAUCUACAACAGUGGUCCACCCACUGUAUAAAGUAUGUCAGUCUUUUUCUUACCAAUCAUUAAUAGUAAAUUUAAUUAUUUCGCCUCCUCAUAGCCGAGGUCUGGAGACACCUCUGCACAAAGCUCUCAUUUUUCUCAAAUUGAAUACACAAAAAAUAUUCUACUUAAAUGUACUUAUUUUAAUUAACAACUAAGUAUAUAAUAUAAUUUAUUAUUUAGUCGUGUGAACAUAGUAUGUCAUUUCUUUGAAUUGCAUAUAAAGUACCUUAUUUUAAAAGUAUUUAAUAGUACUUUCAGGUCUCUAAGAAUAUUUUAAACUGAAUUACAACAAAAAAAUAAAAGCAUUAUUUUUGUAAAUUGUCCUGUUAUUUCUAAGUUUGUUUUUGGUUUGGCUCAAUUAAAAAAUCUAAAUAGAAAAUCAAAAAAAGACUUUAUUAAUAACCAACUAAUUUAAAAAUUGAUCUUGAGUCAUUUUUUUUGUAUUGGAGUAAUAUUUUUAAUAGAAACAUAAUGCAUACAAAUUUAAAAUAAUGAAAUCAUAACUUUUUAAAUUUAUUAAUUUUCAUUUUUCAUCUUUUGUUUUUGGUUAUUCUUAAUUACUAUGAAAAUCCCAUGGAAAAUCAAAAAUUGACCACCCCUAAAUACCCGGAUAAAAUUCAGAAAAGAUAUUGAAAAUCGGAACAAGAUUUCUGGUAGAAAAGUUGUUCACAGAUACUGAUGAAAAAAAAUAUAUAUAUUAUUGUAAAACCAAUAUAUCCUUGCUUCGCUUAGAAUCUAAAAAAAGAAAUAUGAAAUAAACAUAUAAAACAUAAAUAAAUAUUUUUUUUUUUAAGUAAUUCAAAAUUUGAUUAUAUAUAAGGGAGUUGUUUAUCUACACUAAUUCAGUCAACCACAAAAUCCUAAAUUAAUAAAUAAUUUAAAAACUGAUGCUUAUCAAAAUCUAUAAAUAUACUAAAAGGAUUAUAGUGAAUUAAUUAAACCAUUUGACAUUUUUAUUAUAUUUCACUAUAGGAAUUUCUUUUUUUUUUUAAUCGAAAAAAAAUUUUUUAUUUAAACUUAAGUUAUGGCUACAUCCUGGAAAUUUUUUUUUGAUAGAAAACAAAUUGUCUAAUGCCUAUUCAAUUAGUUUAAAUUUUGAAAACUAGAUCAAAGUAUAUAUUUUAGCACGACCUAUCUUUCCUAUAAUAAAUCCUUCUUUUGAUUAGUCUAUCAAACUGAUAUACUGUGUAUUACCAUUUAAGUAAUAAAUAAAGCACACAUAUAAAAUACUACUAACAUAAACAAAUACAUUAAAAGUUAGUAACAGGUUUUAAUAUAGUAUGCAAUCUAUUGCCUUUUAUAUUCUGAUAGCAAAUCAACCCAAGGGUUCAUUAGUUAUCAUUAGGGAACGAAUUUGAAUGUAACAAAAAAAAAAGUAUCUAUGUGUAAGUAUGUAUUUUAUUAAUUCUUUAAACAAUGUGAAAUAACAUAUUUUUUUAAAUUUAAAAAUGUAAAGUUGCGAGGUUGUUACUAUUUGGUUGUAAAAUGUUUUUGUACUGACUGAACGAGCGUUCUACAUUAAGUAGUGUGAGUUUGAUGUCCAAAGAUUCUGUGGGAUUUAGUCCUAGAUGUAUUUUCCUAAUUAAUAACUAUUUUAAUAUUAUUAAAUCCAAGAUUUUUUAGAUAUAUAUUUAUAUAACCCAUUUUCCUAUGUGACCUGAUGCUUUUUCUAAUUUAUUUUAUGCUUCUUCAACAAAACAAUGCAUAAACUUUUUGAUAAAAGCAUAAUUCAGGUUUUCAGUUGUUCUAUCAUACAUACCAAAAAUAAAAAUCUGCAACAAUGUAAGUUAAUUUUUUUUUUAAAUUACCAUGUACCGUCAAAUAUUAAAUAUCUUUAUUAGUAGCAGUGAAAGUUUCAGUAUUUAGAUUUAAAAUUAUUUCCUUAAUUUGUUCAAAAUAUUCACAACAAUAUUAAGCUAAUUCUAACCAUCUCAAUAUAAUAGUCUGAAGGCAGAUUGAGGUCUAGGUAUAAUUAUUUAAAUUUUAAAACUUGACUUGAUACUUUAUAUUACAAAAUACAUACACUUCAAUAUUUACUUAACUGUUACUAUUAAUUGAUCAAUGUCAGGAUAAUAUGAUUGUAUUGUUUUUGCCACCUGAUGAAAACUAUGUUGAAUUAUUGAUACCGUUUUUUCAAAACAUUUUUAGUAUACAACUUUUCCAUCAAUUUGAAAUGUUUCAUUCAAAAAUUUUUUUAAGUAUGCAGUUACCUUAUUGUUUAAUAAACAUGCAACUUUAGGUAUUGUAAAAGAUUAUAUGAAAAACUACACAAAUUUUAUGUACGAAAAAGAAAAUAGCAGCUAUAAUACAAAUAAUUUCAUGUUAUCAGUAUCUAGAGUCCAGAAAUAUACUGAAGAGUUACCUAUUUACAGACAGCCAAUAUGAUAUAGCAGCAUGCCGACAUAUAUAUCUAAAAUUAAAGAUUAGUAAAGUUAAGAUAAAAUUUAGUUAUUUUAGGUUCUUAUUACACACUUAUCCAAUAAACUUAUAGUAUUUAAUAAUGGCAUAUUGGUGAGUGAAUGCUAUAUAGAUAGAUAAAGCAAAUAACUUUUAAAGUCAUCAAAAUCGGAAUAAAACAAAAAUUACUAAAAUAUUUACAAAAUAUGUAUUUAAUCCUUAAUAUGUGAAACCAUGUAGUUAUUCUCAAAUGUGUAAAGUAAAUAUAGACUUAAUUCUAUCAGAAUGGUCUAAAACUAAAGGUUCACAUUCAUGUCAAGUAAAAAAUAUUUCAUUCUAAUAAAAAUAUGUAUUUACUAUAAAAUCUGUUCCCUAGUUAUCAUUCAUCAAUGGCUAAUCAACUUAGUUAAUUGAUGGACUACAAUGAUUUUUAGAAGGUUAUUGUGUUGUAAAUCAAUCAAUUUUUAGAGUGAACAUUUAACAAAUUAGAAAUCAAGUUAGAAACCAUUGAAGUUAAACAUAUUUAAACAGAUUUGUGAUAUCAUGCCUACAAUUGAAUAGCUGGAAAAGCUGAAUAUAGGUGAAAAAAUAUAAAUACAAAUACCGAUGAGUUUAAAUUUUCAUCAAAAGCUUAAAAAUGUGAUUUAGUAAUAAUAUUUAAAAUACAUUAAUUUAUAAAAAUAAUUAUUACAUUUUUAAAUAUUAAAGUCGAGGUUAAUUUAAUACAAAAUAUUUAUUAUUACCUAUACAAAUCUAUUAAUUUUAUUUAAAUUUAAGCGAUUACAAUGCCAUCCAUACCAGUAGUUCUCAAAAGGCCAUAUAGUGACAGUAUGGAAAAUGAAUAUAUGAAUAUUAAGUUUACUAAUGUUUUUUUAAACAAACUAACGUUUUUAACAAAUAAAAUAUAAUUUUAUAUUUUGUUUAACAAUUAAAAAAUACUUUAAAAAUAAUUAUAUUAUAGUAUUUUACCGCCUUAUUAUUAUUAAAUAAAUGUAUUGAAAAGUCGAAUAGUUCUAUUUUUAGUCAUUAUUGGUACAUUCAAAACUAUAAUACAGAAGUAGUAUGUAAAAAAAGUUUAAAAACCUCUAGUUUAUACCAUAACCUAAUAUUUAAUGUGUUGAUAAUAAUUAUUUGUUAAAUUAAUAUUUAUAUACAUUAUAGAUACAAAAUACAUAAAUACAUUUUAUGUAGAAUAAAACUUUAAUAUGUAAGCAUUCAAGAAAACAUUUUAUCAUAAAAGCUAAGGCUAUAGGCUUUAAUGUAUACCAUUAUACCAACUAAAUGUGUAAACAAUAUUCAAUUUGCAUUAUAUAAUUUAGAUUCCGAGCGUAGCGAAGGAGCUAUUGGUUUUAAAAUGCUGUAUUGUUUUUUUUCUUCAUUGUUCUAGUCUAUGGGCACGUUUUUUUAAGUAAACUUGCUCUGAUUUUUACGUGUAGCAACUUUUCUGAAAACCAAAUUGUACUGUAAACAGAAAAUUUUUGAUUUUCGACGCCAUAUUUUAAAUAGAAGCACUUAAGUAGGAAUAACGUAGGAAAACAUACAAUAUCACGGUUUCAUUAUUUUAUAAAAAUACGGACGGAAUUUACUACCAGAAAAAAUGAUUAAAUUGAAAAAUUACUAGGUACCUUAUUUGUUGUUUCAUUAAUUUAAGUUCUUGCGGUAUUAUCGCUAAAUCAUUUGAGCCACUUUUGAGCUUUUGAGGAAUUUUAAUUUUUGGUUGUUUUUUGCCAUAAUUCGGUUAUACAUACAUGUAGAGACACUGAAACUUGUUAAUAAUACUUAGACAUGGUAAAAUUUCCAAAAUUAUCAGAAGACUUUUUUUUUUUUCAAUAAAAGUUUUGAAAUCAAAUUUAAAUGAAAAUUGCAAAAAAAAUUACAGCAUUUCAAAUUAUGUAUUACCAAACUGCGCUCGGAAUCAUCUUUUGUCAAGCAAUGGUUUAUCGUUGCUUACAGAUAUAAAUGAAAUAACCUUAUGUAUCCUACCUUCCCAAAUUCUCACCUACAAACUGGCUGUUCCCAUCCUCAGUAUUAGCUCUUUUUUUAUAAUUUAAAAUUAAAAUAAUAAUUAUAUACAUCCACAUUAGUUUUCAAUUAGAAUAGUUUUAUAAAAAUGAAAAAAAUAAAAAUAAAAAUUAUUAACCAUUACUCAUGGAAUAUAACCAACAUCAUUAACAUGGAUAAUAGUUAAGAACAAUGAUUAAAAUAUGUUAAUAACAUAUUUGAUUGUACAAAAACAAAUGAAAGUUCAAAAUAAAAUGGUAGAUAUUUAUUGUGUACAUGUAUAUAAAUAUGUUAUACAAAAUUAGAUAGAAUUCAUUAAUAUACUUAUCUACAAUUAAAUGUAAUGUAUUAAAAAUGUAUAGACAGUAUGACAUUAAAUUCAAUAAUAAAUUAAUACUAGAUUUUAUAUUAUGGUGAUGAUAAAAUUUUUGAAUGGUAAUUAUUAAUUUUAUUUAAUAUUGAUUAUUGAUAAAACACAACCUUUGUAAAUCAUAUAUAAUUUAAAAUUUAAUAAUCCGACAUAAUUAUAUUACUUAUGAAAAACAAAAACUUAAUAAUAAAUACUUAGGAGGUGCUAUAAUAUUAAACAUAUUUUUGGUAUAAGCCUAAGAAAAACCAAAGAAAAAGUGGCUAGAGGUUAUUAGAGAAGAUAUGAGAGCAUGUGGAGUUGAUUAAAAAUGGUGAUUUCUGAUGGUGAUGGGUAGGGUGAUGUGGAAGGUGAAAUUAGAGUAGAUGUAUAAAAAAAGAUGGAUAAUUAAUAUUUAAUAAAUGGAUGUUAAUAAAGCGCUGUUAUAAGUAUCAUAAUUUUUAUUUAACUUGUAUACUAUACGAGGACCUUAUCAUAUUAUUUAUUAUGAUGAAAAAAAAUUACAAGGAUAAUUAUUGACAAAAUAUUUAAAAUUUAAUAUGUAGCUAGUAUAUUAUAUUUAAAUAAUUAGUAAAAUUAUAUAAAAAGUUAUAUUAAAAUGAGUAAACAUACCCGUAUUCACAUACCUACAGUGAUAUACAACAAAUAUUUUUUUUAAAUUUAAAAUUUAAAAACUAAAUAUUUUUAACAUUAUAUAUUGGUUCAUUGCAUAUUGCCUACUUCGAUACAUUUAUACAGUAUAGAUGCAUGUACGCAUAUAUUGAAAAUAGGCUUAGGUAAUUUAUUGUAUCUAAUUGUUAUUUGCAGAACCAUGCGCUAUCACAAUAAAUAUAAAAUCAAUAAAUUAAGGAAAAUCUAAAAUAAAUAUUACCUUGGUUGAUUAGAUGAAUCAAUUGUUCAAAGGUGUAAUGAGAAAAAUUACAACUGGAACCGUACUGGCACUGUCCAGUAGUCCUAAAUCGUCGACAAGGUUGCUUUUGCCGUUCCUCAAGAAAUAAUGUUACAGCGUCUAUAAUAAUACUUGAACUCUUACAAUGUCUGCAUUCAUGAAUUUUUGUUUAUGUUUUAUAUACCUUUAUACAAUGAAUAGUAAUUGCUUCUGUUCUUGUGAUGAGCGUUGCUGUUUAGAUGAAGUUUUCUACUUGAUAAAUUGUCUGCAAAUGUUAUAUUACAGUAUUCGCACAAUAUUUUCUUCACCAUUUUCAACCGUAUCUCAAAAAUCCAGGUAUCCUAAAUUCAUAAAACAUUUUAAAGAUUUUCAGAAAAAUGUGCACAUAAAAUUGUAACAAUAAGUGUCCUGGUUUUUUUUUUAUUUUAAACUUCUAGAAAAAAUAUAUAUAUUAUCAGCCAGACAUUAAAUCAAGACACAAAAUAAUGAGAUAACAACAGUGUGUGCACGUGAGACAACUCAAAUUUCAUUGUGAAAUGUAUAGAAAAAUCAUUACUUACAUGUUCUUUGGAUUAGUUUAAAAUAUCGCUCAUUUUAAAUAUUUUGAACGACAUUUGAAAUACGUAUUCGAAUUGUUUGGAUUACUUUUCAAUAAUCGAAAAAUGAAAUUCUCAAGAUCAGCCUAUCGAUUAAUUUAACACUGAAUGAAUAGACACAUAAUCUAGACAGGGUAGAUAUAUGUUUUCGUUGACGAGAAACAAAUACGAAUUUAUAUGUUGAAUUUACGAUCGUUAAAGACAUACUGAUUUACUGAUUUCUGGCUAUAUAUAAAGUUAUACUCGUCUGAUAGUGAUGCAACCAAAAAUACUGUAAAUUCUGCAUUAUAUAUCGACCUACACGCUACACAACUUAAAUAAUACUAGUAUUAGUUUAAAGAUUAAAGUUUUUUUUUGUAUUUGUAAAUAAAUACCUAGAGACCUUUUUUUGUGGCAUUUUGUACCUAAUUGGUGAGUGAGAUGAUCGUGUUUUGAUUUUCCAAACCAGUUUUCAUAAUAAUUAAUAAAAUUCGUCAGAAGACCUUAAAUAAAAACGGACAAAUUUACAGCAUUAUUAACAAUUUCAAAUAAUAAAAUUGUUUCAAAUUUUCUUUUCUACAAGAAGUAUUGAUUCGUAUUUCAAGAAUAGCAACUUUUCUGAAAUACGCAUAGAAGUUGUCGAAAAAGUCGAUUUUUUGAUUAUCUGUGUAGUUAUGUUAACAAUUAGACAAAUCCAAGAAAAAUGUAGGAAAUCUGGUGAAUUUAUGGAAAUAAUUACUAAUAAUCAUAGGUAAUGUGUUAAUACCAUAGGGUAUACAAUGGGUAUAUACUAUAGGUACUCAAUGAUUAUAACAUUUGUUUCCUAUGUAACUAAUGGGAACCAGAAAUAAAAAAAAAUUAACAGCCAAGGUGUUUGAUGUAUCAAUGACAAACGAUAAUUUAUCGGGUAUUGCUGUGUACAGCCCCGUCGUAAGAUAUCACCCGCCCUAAAGCGGACAUUUUGACGCCGGUCUCUUUUGACGAUUAUUAAUUUCAUUUUACCGUUUCAAUUUGAUUAAAAAUGUACGCCGCCCCGAAGUCUAAAUGCCUGGCUUGCUUGUAUCCUAGCGGCUGCCCUCGCCUAAUUUAAGUGGUGGGCAUACCGCCUAACAUUGGUAGUUUAGUGCAGAACAUUGUACGUUUUACAAUUCGUACAAGGAGAAACAAACAUAAUUAUUAAUUGUACAAAUAAUAUUACAAAUAACCCGGACUGCGGACAAUUCCUAGACCGCGGUAGCGUUUACUGCGUGAUUGCAUCAGUAACAGCCGAUAACAAUUUAAUCAUAACCACAACCGUAUAAUGAGCGGCUGUACAAUAAAUAACCAAUAGUGCGUAAUAAACUUCUAAAUCCGCAACAACAACGGCUGCGCUCCCCGCGAUUUGGGUGUUUUAAACCGUGCAAAGGUGAUGGAUUGGUGUAGAUUACUGUUACUGUUGGUAAAUGUGUGGUCAAUAAACUGUACAAACAAUCAGUUCGGCGCCGCGUAUCUAUGAAAAUCUAUUUAUAGGUACCCGAAUAAUUCGUUCAUAUUCUGCGGACUCGUGUCACAAACUCCGGGCGAACGCGUCGUUUAGGUCACGCAAAAUGCACUGCAUGGCGCACCCAUGUUGCGUUUACGCGGUUCACUUCUACGCGAGUUUUGACGAAUGAUCCUCGUCCAAAUAAAACCAUUUCAGACCGUUCGCGUACGCGUUUUUGUACAAAUUUAAAUAAAAACCAACGGGAAUAUUUUUUUAAAAUUUUUUGUUCUCAAAAAACAACACGUUCUGCGCACGAAUACAGGCACCCGGGGGAUUCACCGAGAACGUAGGCGAAAAUGGCGUUCACACGGAACGAACCCGUACUCGGUUUAAAAGAUAAUAAUUGUCACCAAGAAACAUAAUUUCUUAACGUGUCUAUGGUCGUGACCGGUGCCACCUGACGAGGAUGCGCGCCGCCGCACGAAAACUGGCCGCAAAAGCGGUACGUUCUCUUUUGACACGGGGUAUGCAUUUACAUCAUUUAUCCGUGUGUACUGAAGAGCCUACAAUCGUAUGCACGGUUUAAAAUCAUAGGCACAUUAAUAAAUGUUUACAUAAAUAUAUAAAUAAAUAUUUAUAUUAAUAUGUCUAUGUUUCAGAUACCUUGAAUCGUGAUCGUACGUAUCUAAUUGUAUUUGAUUACUUUAUGUUCUAUACAUAGGGUGCUUACACAUAUAUAAUAAACUUGUAUCACAAAAUGCUAGAAGAUUUUAGGAUGUUCAACGCCACCUCGGUUCAUAUAAAACGCCACCAUUUUUCGGAUUUGGGUCUUAUCAUUGUCCAGUGAUUGUCCGACCUUAUCAUCUGUUCAUAACCGUGUGUACCACAUUUUUUUCCCAUUAGUUUGAUAGAACGAUGAUUAAAAAUGUACCUUUAUAUAUCUUUAUCACAAUAUCUUUAAUCGUGGUUGAUAGUACAUGUUGUUAUCAUCAAUUUUACAUUAUCAUGAAUUCGUGAAUGUAAAUAUUAUUGAUUGACAAUUAUUAGGGACUAUUCAAUUUUAACUGUUUUACUAUUUUAGUAUUUAGUAUAUUUUAACCUUCGACAUAAUAUUAUUAAAACGUAAAAAAUAAGUGUAGAGUUUACAGUUUUACUCGUACUAUAUAAUAAUAAUAUUUUAUUUUAGAUAUUGAAUUAUUACUUAUUUAUUGUAAUACAUUUUAAUAAAAUAAAUAUACAUUUUUUUUAAGUAUUUUAUAUUAAAGUCAUGAACCCUAGAUCGUAAUGCUCGACGUUUUUGACAAAUUUAAAAAUGACACAAUAUUUAUUUGUGUUAAUUAUUCUGGCGUUAACUCAUGUGUAUGGAUAUUGUUCUCUUGGAGAUAGUUUUCCUUCCUAUAGAAAUUGUGUUUUAGAAUGUACAGAAAAACGUUGUGACAAAGGUUAUGCAUUUAAAAUAAAAUUGUAAACACAAUACAAUAAUCAUUUUAAUGAAUUUCUGAUGAUUAUUUAUUUAGAUGGUGUAAGGUAUAAGAGAAGUUGCUGUAUUGCGGUUUUAGAUGUUUUCAAAUGGAAAUGUUCAGAAAACUGUAAAUAUGAUUGCAUGUGGCCAAUGGUCGAAGGUUUAGUGGAACGUAACUGGCCAGUUCCACAGUUUCAUGGAAAGGUCGUAUAAUAUUACUUUACAUAGCAUUUUAAUUUGAAAUAUUGAAUUAUUAUUAUUUUAUAGUGGCCAUUUAAGAGACUACUUGGUUUACAAGAACCUGCUUCUGUCGCAUUUUCAUUAUUAAAUCUAUUAACAAAUGUAGUGAUGUUUAACCGGUUUAAAGAACAAAUACGUUUUACAUUGCCAUCGUGUAACAUUUGGUUCUUAUAUACAUUGGUAAAUCACAUUGUAUUUAUUAUAAUAUAACUCAUACAUUUUGAUUAUUUGAACAAAAAAUACUACUACUAGUACUACUACUACUUCUACUACUUUAACUACUGAAGUACCAUGAAAAAAUAUAUUCCCAAAAACAUGAGAUAUAACAUCUUACUUUAACUAUUUAAUGCAAAUUUAACUAUUAAUUUAUAACAAAAAAUUGUUUUACUAUAUAAUAUUUUUUCUAGAAAACUAGUUCUUAUCAAUCGUAAUGGCCAAUUAUAAAAGUGAGACUAGUUAUGAUUAUGUCACAAUAUUAUUACUGUAAUAAGCAUAUUUUAUUUAUUACUUAUAUAAUUAAAUGACCAUUAAAAUAUUUUCUAAUUUUAGAUCGUAAUAAGUGCAUGCCAAUAUAAAUUUAAUUUCACCAAAUCUACAGUAAGUUAUAUUGUUCCUAAACCAUUAUUUUAAUCUUAUUCAAAUAUUGUUUAAAUAUACCUCACAAUGUUAUUUUUAAUUUUUGUAUACCACUACAUAUUAUCUAUUAUGUAUUAGGCGAUUCAAAAAAGUUAAACAAAAUAACAGGAGCACACGCAACAUUUAAAUUUUAAAUGCACUGUGCUUAAAAUUUUAUAUUAAAUAAAAUUGAUACGUUUUAUAAAAAUAAUAAUGUUUAAAGUUUAAGUAUUGUUCAUAUUACAUUUCAUAACUGUUUUAUAAUUGAUGUAUACUCAAUUAAAAAUUGAUUUCAGGUCUCAGCCAAUUGUUGGAUUUGGUCAGCUGUAUUUCAUGGCCGGGAUACUAUGUUUACUGAAUUGAUGGACUAUAUUAGUGCAUAUGCUAUGGUUUUAUUUGCAUUUUAUACAAUAGGCCAUCGAAUUUUAUUAUACAGUAAUACAAUCGUGAAGAAUACGUUUAUGGUGAUUUGUUCCCUUGCGUUCAUUUAUCAUUCUUUAUAUCUUCUUACUACAGAAUAUGAUUACAAGUACAAUAUGACUACAAAUCUUCUCGUCGGUAUGUAAUAGAAAUGAAUUUUAAGUAUUUUAAGUAUUUAAAUACAUUACAAAUUUAGGUGCUGUGACAGGCACUGCUAUGUUAAUAUGGGCGGUGUUAAAUCGUCGAAGGAUGGGUCAUGGUAAAUAUUUGAUAUUUUAUGUGCUUGGCAUGACUUUGGCUUCAUUACUAGAGCUAGCAGAUUUUCCUCCACUACUUUGGACAUUUGAUGCACAUUCACUCUGGCAUUUAGCAACUGCCCCAAAUGCCUAUUUCAUGUACAAGUAAGGCAAUAUAAAUUUUAGCGAUUUAAAAAGUACACAAUGAAUAAUAUUAUUUAGACGUAAAUAUUAUAAUGCUAUAUGAUCUGUAGGUUUUAUAAAUUAUUUCAAACUAUUAUACUUAUUAAAAAAAAAACAACAGAAUAUAACUUUGUACUUAAAUUGUGUGCCUUUAAUUUUAAAAAUGUAUACACAUGUGUUACUAUGAAUGUCCAUAGUUGGUGAAUGCUGAUAGUCAUCAGUUAAUAUUCAAGGAUAACGGAAAAUUUAAAAUAAUAGUAUUCUAAUAAUACUAUAAUAGUAGACAUACUACCUAUUACGUAUACAAUAUUUAGUAAUGUAUAAGUUGAUGAUUUGAUCAAAUAUUUUAUUACCUUGCUCAACUACUUUUAUUAUAUCUGGAUAACAGCCAUGCUAUGUUGCCUCUCUAAAAUUUGGUAUGAUAUUGUCAUUCAAUACAGUUAUAUAUUUUAUUGUAUACAAUUGAUUUGCACAAUAAUUAAAACAUUUUUUAAGUAUUAAAAUUAUUAUUAUGAAAGUAUUUCAUAAUAAAUUCAAUAAUUCAGUAUCUAAUAAAACCAUAAUAACUAUUUUUUUCUAUUGAUAUAAAAAUAUAAAUUUUUAAUUAAUUAAGUGAACAUAUUUUCUUUGUUACACAAAACAAAAUUCUUAAAUUUAAAAUUAUACAAAUUCAUCAAUUGGGCGGGGGGGGUACGCUAUAUAUGAUGCAAUUGCAAAACAAAGUGUACCACAAAAAGUGUGGUUGUAGAAAUGUUGUCAUUGUAUGAAGUAUAGAAUUUUAUGACAGUUUGUUAUGUUGUAAUAGUAGAACUAUUACUCCAAUUUUUUUAUUUAAGAUAACAAUUUUUGUAUAGUAAAAUAGUUAUAAUUUAAAUAAUGAUACAAAUAAAAUAUUUUUUAUAAUAAUAAUUUACUGAUACAGUUGAACAUUACCUAUUUUAUAAACAGUGAAAACUCUUUUUAACAAAACCCUUUUUAACGAAAAACUAUGUAACGUACAAAUUACUUAGUAAUGGUUGGUUUGCUUUACAACCUGUAUUAGUUCUUUAUUGCAAAAAUUCUGUAAGUAUAACAAAAGAAAUCUCUCGGUCCCUUAAGAUUCAAUAUAACGAGUUUUCACUGUAUUGUCUGUAGUGUAUACUAAAAUAUUUGCCAACAUUACUAAAACCGUAUUGUGUAUGUCAACAUUGAUUAAAAUCCUGAUGUAAAUGUCAACAUUCACUAGUAAAUGUCUAUAUUUUUUUAAUUUAACAUUCACCAUUAUAUGAGGCAUAUUUUGAUAUUCAACUAGGUGAUUGUCAGCAUUCACCAAUUGCGGACAUUCCCUGUAACAUUAUAAUGUAUAUAUAUACAUAUUAAUAUUUAGGUUACUGAUUGAAACAUUACGUGGUUCAUAUCUUAAUUUUAUUUGUUAGUAUUUAGUUAUUAAUCAUAAAGCUAAUUUAUAUAACUAUAAAUUACUAAAUACAAGUAACUACAGAUUGUAUAUUAUUUUUAAAGAAAAUAUAUCCAAUUGUCUUAGAUUAUUUUUAUUGAUCAAUAUACUCUUACUAUUAUUAACUUAAUAUUCUUAGUAGGUAUUAAUUAUUCAGAAAUCAAAUUUGCUACCUUUAAUAAUAUAAUAUAAUAAUUUGAAAUCAUGAAUUUUACUGGUGGUAAAAAUACCAGUGUUAUUUCUAUAAAUAAACAAAAAUGUAUUUUAAUUCUGCAUAAACUUAAUUUUCAGGUUUGCUAUUGAAGAUUGUAAACAUCAACGUCGGAUGCUGCUAAAAUGACAGUUUCUUGCACUGGGGAUACCUCAGAUACAAGACGAAUAAGACUUGAACAAUUAAUUUAGUUUUCCUGACUUUUAUUUACAUGACUUAUUUAGUUUUUAAUAUUUUAUUUUUAAUUCCUAAAUAGAGUUCAUCGUGAGAUAUGAAAGAAGUAUAGUGUAAUAACUCUAAUUAAAACUAGAUAACUAUUUUCUUAUUGAAGUACUAGUAUAUUUUUAUAUUGACUACAUCACAGGUUAUUAAGAAGACAUCACACUUGAGGGCCUAAGUUUGGAUUUAACAUAUAAGAUAAAAUAUGAAGUAUAUCUAGAAAAUACAGUAUGCAGAAGAGAAAUUUAAGUUUCACAAGGUAUAAUUUUCCUAUAUUGUUCAUUGAAUAGACAGGGAUAGCUUCCUAUGAACCUUCAAAACUUGAAAUAUUUGUUAACUAGAAAUAUAAUCAUGAUAUGAAAUUAUUUUUACUAUUGUUAAAAAAAAAAUAUUGCUUUUAUGUAUAUUGAGUAAUUAAUAAAUACAUGAUAUAAUUAUAUAAACUAUGUCUAAAACUAUUUAUAGUUAUAUUUUUAUGAGUCUCACUACAGUUACUCAGUUAUUGUGAUAUAAUGUGAUCAAUACAUUAAUAAUUGAUUACAUAUUUAAGUUUUCUUGUUCAUUUCAUUGCCAAAUAUUUUUUUUUAGUUUCAUUACUUUUGUUUUUGUAAAUUGUAUGUAUACUAUUAAAUUAUUAUUUUAUUAAUUUUUUUAUCAAUCAUUUGUUAUAUGUUUGAUGUUAAAUAAUUAUUAGAUUUCUGUUCAUUUAUUUAUAUUAAAAUCUUAAGCCAAAGAGAUUUACUCUACUACCUUCUACCUAGUCUAUUUAGAUUAUUAUUGUUACCUAUAUGUCAAAAUAUAUUAUUUGUAAAAAUAAAAAUAUUUUAUACUAUGG